GCAACCCUUCGCAGCGCACUACCUAGUGAACGAGUGAAGGGAUUUGGAACGCAGCCCAGGGAGUACGCCGCAGUGCCAGUACAGGGACGCGAUGACCUCAGCUUGAACCUGACAGCAGGAAAUACACGGAGAAGUCGGUGGUUCAGACGCAGACAGACAAGCAGCCACGGCGGCUCAAUGCCUAGUCAACUUGAUAACAUGACGUCUAGAAAGAGGAAGAGCAGCUCUGAGGUCAGAGCCUCUAGAAAGGUUUCUGCUUCGGAGAAGAAAAACCGUAAAAGCCAGAAGAUGCAUUUGUCACCAGAGGACAGUUCAGCGCUGAGAACGUCCAGAUCCACAGAUAAACUGUCUCGCAUCAGCUGCGAAUGCCACGAGGCUGCUGACAGGAGGAGGUGCCUGGGUUCACCUGAGCUCCAAGGCCAGGAGGGCAAAGAGAACGAGCUGAGGUCGGAGCAGGAGGUCAGCAGCUGCAAAGCUAACAGCGUCUUGGAGGAGCAGGCUCCUGAAUGUGUGGAGCCCGAAAACAGUAGUAGAGUCUUAUUCCCAGAUGACGACAGUAAUCAAAUCCUUCCUGUGGAGCAGUUCUUCGGGAACUUGGAUAUUGUACAGGACUUUCCUCGGAGAUCACCUGCUACUUCUCCCAGCGCUCGAAGGAAGGAGAGGUUUCGGCAUUACUACGCACAGGAAGACAGCGAUGGCGAAGAGGUGAGCCACGGCGGCCUCCGACGAGACGACGGAGCUGGCACUUAGUGAAGAGCCGGUUAAAACAGAACAACAUCCCAGCACUUUGGAAGAAGCGACAACAAAACUACCUGCUCAGAUGCUGCAUCCAGUCGGUCCUCUUCAUCUGUCGAAGUCUCAGCGCCAUCACUGACGUGAGGAUAAUGAAGGAUGGUUAGUGGUACUGGCUGUCAAAGAAAUGCUUCACUGGCAGUGUUUCUAGCUGUGUUAAAGUGCGAUUGUAAACACUGAAAGCAUCCGGUUUGGUGCCGGAUGCUUUUAUGCUGUUUUCUCACAUGCCAACAAUCACUAAAAAAAAUUGAAUAUGUAAGCAAACACACAAGUGCUUUUUUGAAACAGUAUAUAGAUUCACAUAUACUCUCAUAAAUCCAUGCUCGAUUGUAGCCUACCUUUUUCAGAGCUCUCAGCGGCACUUCAGGAGAUAUUUAAAAAAGAACAAAAUAUGAGGACAACAGAUUGACUAGAAAUGCACUUGCCAGAAUCUUGCUGCUAAUUUCCAAUUUUUUGCAAAGCUCUAAGCUUAAGUUUAAUGCUGAUUGUAGCCUAUUAAGUUUUCCCUCAGAAGAUCCAUUUUUUGUCCUUCCAUCAGCAUCUUAAAAUUGAAAGCGUUGAAUCUUCUUUCUUAACUUCCAUGCUGAAUAGUGUUAUUGUAACACAUGGCCUGUGUUUUGUUGCACUUAUUGAUGAGGUAAAAAAAAAUAAAAUUUUAAGUUUGACUGGUCAGAGCCAGUCAAAUUGAAAAUCCGCUGCAUCUCUUACUGCUCUUUUUGAGUAUUGAUCAGCUGAUGCAAAAUAUCAAUGCCAAGGUGCUCUAAAUGACAACGUCUCUGCUCCAGGCAGCGUAUUUUAAUGUCUGGAUUGUGGAAGUGCUGAACACAAAUCUGACACGGCAUUUUUUUCCUAUCAUUUGAAUAACUAAAAUAAACUAUUCACUUAAAAGUUGAAUAGUUUCAACCCAGUCCUUUAACUUUCUACAGGCAGUUUGUAUACAUGCUGUAUACUGUACUGUCAUUUCAGGAUUGCUGUAAACUUACAUUACAUACAUUAUCAUAUCAGGAUUCAACCACUUUAACAUUCACUCUGAGAUGCCAAAUAUUGCUGAAUUAAACUUAACAUUUUAAGGGUGCUUGUACAACAAAUUAGUUUAUGGACCGAUGGAAAUUUCAUACAAAUUACAGCAGAUUGACAAAUAUGCAACCUUAUGUCAGGCUACUUAAAUGUUACGAGGAAAGAAAGAUGGAGAACACCCAAAGAGCAGAUCUGUUUAUUACAAGAUCAGAGAUGAAUGUCAUAUUCCAGCCAUUUUUCACCAAGUGUCUAAAAUCCAUCCUUAAAGGUUUUUGGCAGCUUUGUAACAUAAUGUCUGUAUGUAGAUAAACACACACACACAUAUAUAUAUAUAUA